CCAAAUUUAGCAUGGCUAAAGUCUAGACUGACAAUAAAGUCUGGCUAGAUGAGUUGGAUUAUCUAUUUUUGUACUUUUUGAUUUAUUCAUGUACACUCGGAAUAAGCAAUGCUGACUGACAUUCCGGCGAACCCACUGAAUCCCACCCUGCAUUGGCCUACUAGACCUGCCAAUUAUGGAAAGCGAGAGAAGCAGGCCUCCGCUCAUCAGCGCUCCGCAGAGCUACAGAGGCGGAGUUUGUCCCAGCGCAGCUGCUUCCUGGGGGUGGAGACAUGGGCGGAGCUUGUGUGGGAGCGCUGGGAUCUGGGCGGGGAGUUCACCAAGACCCUCUACCUGAAGAACGUCCACGGCAAGCUGCAGAAGCUGCGCUUCAAGCCCCCCGUCACCAAGUUCUUCUCCACCCUCUUCCCCCAGGUCAUCACCCUCAGCCCAGGGACUUCCUUCUCCAUGCCCGUCACCUUCAGGCCUCUGGAGAGGUGUGAGCACCAGGACACAAUUGAGUUCCAGAGCAAAGAGGGCACGUUCCAGGUGUCCCUCCGGGCCACCAUACCCCGCCACACCCUCGAACUUCCUGAGUCUGUACAGCUGCCCCCAUGUGCUGCCCACCACAGCACUACGACAACAUUCACCCUCCGCAAUGCCAGUAAACUGCGUACUGCGUUCCGCUGGGAGGUGGGCGACCCGUUUCAGCUCUCUCCAGAGAGUGGGGUUCUGGGUCCGAGUGAGGAGGCUCAGAUCUCGGUGCUGUUCCGCCCCUUAGAGGCGCGGGUGUACCAGCAGGAGGCCAGCUGUGCCUUCGGAGACCAGGGGGAGAACAGCUGCUCUCUGCUCCUGCAGGGCCUGUCGAAGUACCCGUACCUGGACAUACGUGCCCCAGGGGAGGAGAAGGGCUGUAAGCUGCUGGAGUUUGGAACUGUGGCUUUUGGGAGCUGUCUGGAGAAGCACUUUGAGAUCUCCAACCCCUCCCCUGUGACCUCGUCCUUCUCCCUCUCUCGUCUGCGGCGGCCGGCUCUGUUGGAGAGCGUGUUUGAGUACUCGCUGCGCGAGGGCCUUGUGGCCCCGGGGUCGUCCGUGCAGGUGCCCGUGUGUUUCACCCCGGUGGAGGUGGACUGCCACAGCGUGGAGUACCUCUGUGUCUCCGCCCCCGGGGCCCUCAGUAAACAGCUGAUCAAGCUCACCGGCUUCUGCUGUGGUGUGUCCACACUGAACACACUGAACACUGAACACACUGAACACUCUGAUGGCGGUGCUUCUCCUGCAGGACCCCUGGUGUCCCUGAGCGCGUCCGUGCUGGACUUUGGCUGCGUGGAAGAGGGCGAGCAGGCGAUGCGCGCCACGCAGCUGGCCAACCCCUCGACCGUGGAGGCUCAGUACCAGUUUGAUGCGGGCAUAGACGGGCACAGCGUCUUCAGCGUGGAGCCGCCCAGCGGCACAGUGCCCCCCAACUCCACCCUCACCCUCCGCCUGCACUUCCGCCCUCGCCACCCCAUCCCCCACUACCGCAGGCUGGCCUGCCUCGUCAUGCACAGGGAGCCUCUGUUCCUGGAUGUGAUUGGCACCUGUCACUCCGAGCAGCUGAAGCCAGCGAUCUUGCGGCCGCGUCACCUGAGCAUGUACCUGAGGCAUCUGGCGCGAGGGCUCACCUUCUACCCCCCCGACAUCCUCAGCGCCAUGCUGGCCCACAACAAACUAGAGCUGGACAGGCACGGGGCUCUCCAGAUACCAGAGGAUUUGACCCAGGAAGUUGUUCCCCCUGACCCCCCGACUGCAAAGACCCCAAUGGAGGAGUACUUCCUGUCGGAGUUGGUAAUCGCCCGGCGCCCCCCCGGCUCCCCCCACCCCGACUGCCACGUGUCGGUGGACCCCCCCGAGCUGCUCUUCUACGAGCCUCCCCACUCGCGCUCGCUCACCCUCACUAACCACACCAAGGGCAAGCUCUGCCUGCUGUGGACCUCCAGCCCGGACUCCCCCUUCAGUGUGGCCCCUGCCACCUGUGAGCUGGGGCCCCUGAAGACCACCGACUUCAGGGUCACCUACAGCCCCCGCCAGGCCAACACCUUCCACGCGGCUCAGCUGGAGUGCUUCGCCAUUUAUAAGUUGAAUGUGCAGGUGCUGAGGGACCACUGCCUGAGUGAGGAGGUGACCCUGUGCCCUCCGUGGUGCGUGACGGUGCGGGUGAGCGGCCACUCCUUCCAGCCCGGCCGAGAGCACUUCAACCCCCGCUGCAGCCUGACCAGGCCUCGCGUGGUGAGUCACAGACUAACAGCAAGGUGGCAUAGGGACCUACCUCUACUGUUCCGGUUGGGCCUUGAGGAGUGUCCUGCAGUGUCAGUGCUGCCCCCUAGUGGUCUGGUGCAGCCUGGCAGCCACCAGGUGUUCUGCUUCAGAUCCACCCCCUCAGAGGAGCUCACUGACACACUUACUAUACCACUGCAACUCAACGCCAGGCCCAAACACACACAGGAGCUCACGGUCAUCAGCGUGGCGGAAAAGCCUCGUGUGUGUGUGGAGGGAGACGGGUGUGUGUUCUUUAAGCCGACGGCAGUGGGCUGUGUGUCUGAGCGUGCAGUGCGCGUGCGCAACAUGAGCAGGAUACCCCUGCACUACCAGUGGCGGAUGCGGGCAUCAGAUGCCAACCUGCUGUCAGUGGAGCCCAGCACGGGCAUACUGCAGCCCAACGAAAGCACAGUGCAACACUGGCACUUUGCCCCGCGGGAGGAAAUGACAUACAACAUGAGGCCCAGCCUCUUACUGUGGCCCAUCCAAUCACAGUCACCCACCAACAAGAAGUCCUGCCUUUUCCUCAGGGCUGUGGGCGUGGCCUCCAAGGGCUCCAUAGAGGCUGGGAGAGCGGUGACAGAUCUGGGAGAGGUGUUGGUGGGCGGCUGUAAGUCCUUUGAGGUUCCUGUGGUCAACAACAGCAGCUGCCCAGUCAGCUUCUCCAUCACUGUCCAGCAGAGCAUCAUGGAUCCCGGUUUAACAGAAGAGGAUUGUGACGACACUCUGGUUCUGGAUCUGGAGACCCAGAGGGGGUGUGUCCCGGCCCGCUCCCGUCUCCUGCUGCGCUGCGCGGUCAAGCCGCCACGCCGAGCCCUCUACCGCUGGAGCCUCAAAUACCACACGCUCAACGCCAGCGGCUCUGAGCAGGGUUGUGCCCAGCCUCUGUGCCAGGUGCGUGGGCAGGGCGUGUUCCCCACGCUGGAGGUGACGGAUGCCCGGGGCAGUGGUGCCGCUGAUGGCCUGAGCAAGCUGCAGCUGUGGGACCUCUUCUCCCUGGAGCCCCUCAACACCUGCCUGCGCCGAGACCCCAGUCCUCUGGAGCUCACCUACAGGGUGCCCACCAGACACAGUCUGAGGCGCUGUCCGUCCGUCUUCACGUCGUCCAUAUUGGACUUUAACUUCGGCGCUGCACCACUGGGCUCAGAACCCUCCUGUGUCCUACUAGUGUUUGAGAACACAGGCAGCAUCCCCGUGGAAUGGUGCUUCCUGCUCCCGGAGGACCAGCAGAUUGAGCUGGAGUACUGGGCCGAGAGUGGAGACUUCACCCCCACCGAGCUGCACCACAUGAGGGUGCAGGACAACCGCCUCUUCUCCAUCUCCCCACGCUCUGGGAGUCUACCACCAGGCCAACAGAGGGCAGUGCAGUUCACUUACAGGCAUGAGUUUGGUGGCACUGACCGCCUGCCUGUGUUGCUGAAGCUGUCCUACGGCCGAGAGAUCCUGCUGAACUUUGUGGGCGUGACGGUGGAGAGAGACCAGCCCUACAUCUACUUCACCUCCAGCAAACACACCUUCACUCCCGUGGUCAUCGGAGGCUUCGACCCCCCUAAACAGGUCUAUGAGCUGUAUAAUGGAGGCGCCCUGCCUCUGCGGUACCAUGUAGACACUGAGCUUCUGGAGCAGCUGACCGCCGAUAACUUUGGCCACCCCGUCCUGCAGUGCGUCACCCCCUACGGAGAGGUGCAGCCGGGCCAAACCGCAAGCAUCGAGUGGAUCUUCUCCCCUCUGGAGGCCAAAACAUACAGCGUGGACCUUCCCAUCCAUGUGCUGGAGGGAGACUCGGCGCUGAUCCGGUUUGAGGGCAGCGGGUUCGACAGCAAUGCUCUGGGCAUGAGCGCCCCCUUUAGGAUGGACCCAUGCCUGGUGCCCUGCACCCAGAGGGUGCCCCUGCCUGGGCAGAUUGUGUUCCUGUCCCAGGAGAGGGUGUGUCUGGGUGAUGUACCUGUGUGUUCACGUAGCACACGCCUGAUCUUCCUCACAAACGUCUCACACACAGAGAGAGUACUCUUCUCAUGGAACCUGACCGACAAGGACCACCAGGUUGUUGAGAUACACCCUGAGCAGGGCAGUCUGGCUGCAGAUGAGAGCGCCCUCUGCAUCCUGACCUUUCACACCUCUGGCAGCCCCUGUUUCUACCAGCUAGAUCUCAUGUGUGAGGUGGUGAGUGAGGAGGCUCUGUUGCAGCAUGAUGCUGCGGUGAGACAGUGGGAGCGGGAGAAGGAGAGACAGGAGACUGAGUUCACUCUCACAGAGAAGGAGCUGAGCUCCACCGGCCCCUCUCACAGAACACACACUCAGGACACAGGAGUACCAGAGCAGAAAAAUACACCUGCUCUCAGAAAGUAUAAGACUCUGCCUCCCAUCCGGAUCAUCAGCAGCAGCGUGUUGGCUGGAGGUCCGCACGAGCCGAGGCCGUGCCGCGCCGAGCGCCGGGCCCAGAGGGAGGCCUCUCAGGUGUGGAGGAGACCAGCGCCUCCCCGCCCAGCGCUCCUCCACCUGGGGCUCACCGCUCGCUCACACUCCCUGCGCGAGUACCAGACCGUCUUCCCUGCGCUCUUCAACACACACUACAUACACAGGCAAGCAUUCAACACGCACCACACACACAGAUUGGAGCGGACCAAAACUCCACCCUCGGGGUCAUCUGAGGGUCGUCCGCCCUCCGUCAACCUCCCAUCCCUGAGGCAGGGCCCAGAGCUAGAGAUCCUCACACACACACUCAUCUCUAUAAUCAGGAGUCUGCUGGAUGAGCCCCAGUUCCCCGCGAGCAUCCAGAACGACCGUGACGAUCCCGUGCCCUACUUCACCCAGCUCCGACCCCCUCCACCUCCCCGGCCACCACCCUCCUCCGCCUCCCAGCCCUCCUUAGCGCACUGUGGCAGCCCGGACACGGGGGUGAGAGACGGGGGGUCAGGAGUCACAGGGGUCCCCCCGCUGUCCCCACCUCCGUGCCGGCUCAUGUCACCGUCACUGCAGCCUGACUCCGCCCGAAGGGUAGCCACUGAGCAGGCAGGGGUGGCGGAGGAGGCUUCCCAGAAUGCACUGCGGGAGGAGCGGGAGCGGAAGACUGAGGAAGCGAUACGCAGGUUCCCUGAGUUUGGUGACCUGGUGGAGGAUGUCUUGAUGAACACGCUGAAGAACCUGAUGACUGAGGCCUUCCUUGGGGAGCUGGUGCUCACUGCUCGGCCCCGAAUCAUUGCCCUCCCUCCUGUUACCCCACCCUCCUCCAACAGGAAGGGCAGUGUGAGCUCACAUAAGAUGUCCAGAUAUCAGUCCUUGCCAGACACAGCCAAGGACCCCCUCAGUGGCCCCAAAACCAACCCGGGGCCCGACAUGCCCCCCUCGGCCUCCCGCUCCUACACAGCUCCACGGCAGUGACACAGCAUCAUCUGCCACUUAGUCACUCCUCUUUUAUAUUCUGUUUGGUAUGCAAUAAAUGUCAGCACAAUUAUACAUCUAUUUGACAUGUUUACACCCUGAUGUUUGUGCUAAUUGAUUUUGCAAUGAACGAAAGUCUAUACAUCGGUGUAUUUGAAGAUAUUGUAAUGUUCCGG